AUGGAGCGCGAGCCCUGUCCGUUCCGAAUCGUCGAGGACGCCGGCGGUGGCUUCGUCCUCGGCGCCGUCUUUGGCUCAGGCUGGUACACGUUCAAAGGCGCGCGCAACUCGCCGUCAGGUCAGCGGUUCCGUGGCGCUAUUUACAAUGCGAAGAUGCGCACGCCCGUGCUCGCCGGUGGAUUUGCUGUCUGGGGACUGCUCUUCUCCUCGUUUGACUGCUCGUUCGAGGCGCUGCGACGGAAGGAGGACCCGUGGAACUCGAUAUUAGCCGGUGCAGCUACUGGUGGGGCCCUCGCCGCUCGAGCGGGACCACGGGCAGCUGCGGGUCAAGCCCUAAUUGGGGGUGUCUUGCUGGCAGCUAUUGAAGGCGUGAGUAUCAUGGUGAACGAGUGGUUUGCUCCACAACCAGAAGCGAACGUGGCCGGAGACUUGAGGAACGAUGCAGAGCUGGAAGAGCAGAAGCUGGCGCCGCCGUCGUUCUAG